AUGACAAAUCCGAAGAAAGAACUUAAUGUAGCAUGUAGUUAUCUAUUACGAUUAAUGAAAGCCCACGUUGCAUUAUCGACCGAACAAAUCAAUGUUUUCAAACGAACUUUUUAUGAUAUAUUAUCAAAACGAUUUGUUGGACAUUGGUUUCCUGCAACACCACAUCGUGGAAGUGCAUACAGAUGUUUACAAACAAAACAUUGGAAAGAUCCAGUUCUUAAAUCAAUUGCUGAACGUGCUCGUCUACCACUUCAUCAAUAUCUACCAGUCAUAUUCACUAUGUGGAUUGAUCCGGGCGAGGUAGCUGUUUGCUUUGGGGACGACGGUACUUGGUGUCCAUUGUAUAAGCAUGAUGCCGAUGGUAAAAUACAACAAACAUAUAGCGAUGGAGAAGAAACAAUGUCAUCGUCCGUGUCUGAUGAUGAUCUAUCGAGUGUAACACAAAAUGUAAAAUCAUUAAAUAUAAAUAAUAAACAAGUUCCAUCAAAUACAUCUACAACACAAACAAUAGAUAACCGUUCAUCAGAUUCUUUUUUAAAUACAAUUUCAACAGAUACGAAUACGCAGAUACAGAGUUUCAACGAUUAUAAUUGUUCAACGUCAAAUACUCUUUCUUCUCAAACGCCAUUAAAUGAUUGGAAUGUACAACAAAAUAAUUUCUGGUCACAACAUCAAUUGUCUAUGUUAGAAGGUCUUUAUCAAGGAGGGAAUUUCUGA